ACCAGUUCCGUUCCCGCUCUUUAUAUUGAGUUCUUCACUCGUUGAGUUCUUCACAUUUCAAAUAUCUCUCGCUUUCCCUCUCUUUCUCUAUAUUUCAGCACUUCAUUUAACUUUUCGUCCAGAGAUCGCAGAGAUGCUUGCCGCGCUCAAAUCCGAAGAGUCGAGCCAAUUGCAGCUCGUCGAACGGGAAGACGUUGAGGACGAUGAAGACCUCUUCGAAGCCGUCGACAAAUUGGUUGCUCAAGGUAUUAAUGCCGGAGAUGUAAAGAAGCUUCAGGACGCAGGAAUAUAUACCUGCAAUGGCCUGAUGAUGCACACAAAGAAGCAUCUGACCGGUAUCAAAGGUUUAUCGGAGGCAAAAGUCGACAAGAUCUGUGAAGCUGCUGAGAAAAUCGUGAAUUUUGGUUAUAUCACUGGAAGUGAUGCACUGCUCAAAAGAAAGAGUGUAGUUCGGAUUACAACGGGGAGCCAAGCGCUCGAUGAAUUAUUAGGAGGUGGAAUUGAAACACUGGCAAUUACAGAAGCGUUUGGAGAGUUCCGGUCCGGGAAAACUCAGCUUGCUCAUACUCUCUGUGUUUCCACUCAGCUUCCUACUAACAUGCGUGGAGGCAAUGGUAAAGUUGCUUACAUUGACACAGAAGGAACUUUCCGUCCCGACCGAAUUGUUCCCAUAGCUGAGAGAUUUGGUAUGGACCCCAAUGCUGUACUAGACAAUAUUAUCUAUGCUCGCGCAUACACAUACGAACAUCAGUACAACCUUCUUCUCGGUUUGGCUGCCAAGAUGUCCGAAGAACCAUUUAGACUUCUGAUAGUGGAUUCUAUCAUUGCGCUAUUUCGGGUGGACUUUUCAGGCAGAGGUGAACUGGCAGAGCGCCAACAAAGACUCGGUCAGAUGCUUUCUCGAAUAAUUAAGAUAGCCGAGGAAUUUAAUGUUGCAGUUUAUAUGACAAAUCAAGUUAUAGCUGACCCAGGAGGUGGAGUGUUUGUGACCGAUCCAAAGAAACCUGCCGGAGGGCAUGUACUAGCUCAUGCCGCGACAAUAAGGUUGAUGUUCAGGAAAGGGAAAGGCGAGCAGCGCGUUUGCAAAGUCUUUGACGCCCCAAAUCUGCCAGAGGCUGAAGCAAUAUCCUUAACCAAGGGUUUGUGAGUUAUGAGUCAUUCAACUGGUUGGCUGAAAAAGAAUUUUUGCAAUUCACUAGGAUUUUGUGGUUUUUAAUUUCCCUUAAAUCACUUUAUUUAAACUCAGAAUUUACGUUAACAAUGUGUGAUCAUAUAUUCCAAAUUAAUCGACAAACUUACAAUUGAAGCUUAGGUGCGGAAAAUCAAUGUCAUUGCCUAAUGCAGUUGGAAAUGACGAAAGAGUUGCUUCUAUUGCUUGCAUGUUUUUCUUGACUGUAUCACGUGUUUCAGAUAACCCCAGGGGGCAUUGCAGACGUAAAGGACUAAACACUUACCGCAGGUUGUCCACCGGCAUCAGAGUCAGACAGUACUUUAUCGUAGUAACAUGGUUAACAUUAAUCUGCCUACUAUUUUGUUAGUUUAGUACUGAAUGGUCAGUUGCCAGUCAGCGUUUCCAGCAUAUCCAGUUUCAGAUAUCAAGCCAACUUUGCUUUAGUUAUAUGAAGAUUCCUUUUCUGAAUGCUA